AUGCAGCCUUACGACAAUGAUCAAUCACUAUCAUCGGGCCUGUCUCGGGACAUCGAGACUGGCACCAUCGAAAGCCAGACCGUUAGCACUGCGCCAACCAGUACUGCGCCUCUUCAACCACCCAUCACGACCUCUGUGCUGCCAUCAAGGGCCGAUCCUCAACCGCUAGCCACAUCAGGUACUCUUCCUGCUUUGGUCACUGGAGAUGGUCGACGGAGCAGGGCUCUUCCAAGCAGCGUGACAUGGACUUCUUCUGUCGGGGACUUGGCCCUGUUGUCAGACACAGACGAGAUUCAGGACCGUCGAAUUUUUGUACAGGACUACAAUCGGUUGGCCAAGAAACAAGGAAUUCGAGUAUUGUCGGUGGAUGGCUUCGAGGGAGGACGACAUGCACUGCCAGCCAUUAUGACUGAGAAACGGAGGUGGUGGUCUCGAGUACUCCGUUCAACAUCAUCAGGGCAACCGCCUACCUCGCGAGGAGCACCCCACGGAGUCCGUCACAAGCGAAGCGUCAGCGACAUUGCCCUACAAUUGGUACACUCUCGCAAACCUGAACCCAAGAUACUCGAUCUACAGGCCAUGGUUCGACUGAGUGGGAAGAGCCUUUUGCAUCUCCCUGCCGACUAUGCUAUUGGCUCACUUGUUGUGCCGACUUGCUUCAGGGCAACUGCCCAAUACUUGGCUCAAUAUGGACCUGUCACACGCGGUGUAUUCCGCAUUCCCGGUUCGCUGCGCGUUGUCAAUGCAAUAUUCGACUACUACUGCUACGAAAAGCCGGGAGAAGAAGUCACAAGUACCAUACGUUGCCCUACUUUGCCAUCACAUAUCAAUGCCGGUGCACAAGAUGUAGCUUCAGCUUUCAAAAAACUGCUAUCUGUACUCCCGGGUGGCAUCCUUGGCUCUCUCACCCUUUUUGACGCAUUGGUCGCGAUUCACACUCAGCUUCGUGGAGAGCCAGAACUCAGCAGAACGAAAGAAUCCAAGCUUCGUGCUAGACUCAUUGCCAUGGCUAUUGGGACCAUCAAUUCUCACUUUCGUCGGGAGCUUAUUUGCGCUGUAUUUGGUCUUCUUUCCCUUAUUGGACGUGCUGCUGAGACAGCAGCUCGUGAAGAUGAACAGGGCCGGCCACUUCCAACGUCAGAUUUGAUGGGAUACGUAGCUUUGGGGAUCGUAUUCGGUCCUCUCCUGGUCGGCAAUUUGCUCGACUCCUAUACAAUGAAGCUCGCAAACCCUUCUUCGGGCUUGCUGCUUUUCCCCCUUACCCCGCCGCGUUUGAAAAGGGAACGACAGCGAAAGAGCACUAUCCAAGACAAUACAGACUCCAUGUCUGUUGACAAAAUUCGCGUGGCAAACGACAUCACCGAGAUGCUCAUCUCAAAUUGGAGAGAAGUGGUGCGCAAUAUGAAAGGCUUGUCGAGUUUCCGGGGGCCAAAUAAAGAUCUGGAAAGCACGAGUCGUCGGAGAUUUCUUCGUUCAUCGAACUCUGACUCUCUGGCCGUCGGAUUGCCUAGAGGUUGGAGGAGCAAGCACUCUUCGCCACAAUCUUCCAUCAACCAACAUAGGUCGAAAUCACCCGUUACUCCAACACCGGCUCCUAGUAAAGGCUUUGGGUCUGACAUUGUCGAAGACUACAGGGAAUCUAGAUGA